AUGGCUACUCGAUCCAAUAAAGAGAAGUCCACUUUUGGAAGGGAGCCAGAGGGGAGGCAAUUAUCAUCAAUUUCCCAUCAUCAGCUGUUCCAAGGGCACCACACUCCAGCUGACCUCGAAGAUCACGAACACGCCUCAGCGGGGCGUGCCCCGCCUCAUCGCUGGGAACAGGUUUCAUCAGCUGGUGUCGGGUCAUCGUUCUUUGAUCACCACCCUGCCCGCUACAAGGCGGGGCAAGUUCAACCUUCUUACGUACAAGGCAGUAAACGAUAG